AUGACCACCCGAAAAUAUGAGCUCGUGAGUGCCGCCAUGUUGGGCUUCGGACACCUUUGUGUGAUGGUCGGAUACGAUUCGGAGGUUUGUAGAUCAUCUUUUUUUUUGUUGCGAAUCCGAACAAAAUUUUCAGUCGUUUGUCCUCGAAUCGGUCAUUCAUUCGAUUCACGAGCGCACUCCGGAGGUUAUCAGCAAAUACGCCGGAUAUUAUGGGUUAGUCUUUUUGUUUGGGUAAAAUUUUAUUUAAAAUUUCGAAUUCUACACUGAAAUUGAGCCAGUUGGCAAUUUUUUUGAGCCUAAAACAGUGUGUCUCGUAAGAUGUGGUGCCAGGUCCGUAAACAUCAGAUCUCGCGACAAAAUGCAGAAAAAGCUAGUUUACCGUGGUUUUUGCUGAAUUUUUCAGUUUUCAAGUCUAAUUUCGCAUAAAUUAACGAUUUUUUCAGGCAAGCAGUCAUGUACAUACUUUACAUCAUCGGAUGUCUCUUUUCUCCGUCAAUUUUGAACGAAGUCGGCUCGAAAGCAAUAUUGAUAUGUUCGGCAGUCUGUUUUGCCGCUUUUCCAUUGGGAUUCUUCUUCACCAAUUCCUAUUAUUACUAUUUUUCGCAAUUAUUGUUAGGAUUCGGGUACGCGCGUAAGUUUUUCGACGCAGAUUUUUGAAAAAGUGAAUUCACCGCUGAAAACUAGGUUGAAAAGCCGAGGUGUCGUAAUUUUUGGUGCCUGGUCCGCAAACACCGCGCAAAUGCACCAGAUCUUACGACAAUUUCCGGAAAAGAGCCGGUUUUUCAUUAUUUCCACAUCAUUCUCAACGAAAAUUCCCUUUUUUUCAGUGUAUUAUCAAGGUCACGGCGGUUACCUGACCUCGCAUUCGACGCGUAAAACCAUAGAGUCGAAUGUCUCCGUCGCGUGGUCUGUCGGUUGCUGUUGGUGAGUUUUCGAGGCGACGCCGCUCUUCUUAAAAUGCCUCUUUUCAGCCUACUUCUGGGCUCUGGUAUUUUGGCCGCAAUCACGAGUUUGACCGCGGCCAGGGAACCGAAUUUCGCCCACAAUUCCACGGAAAUUGGCCAAUUCGAACGGCGAUUCAGUGAUAUGGAAAUGUGAGAAAGGAAACGUUGGCGCGUGAGCCGAUUUGAGCAAAAUUUUCAGACGCCUACUAUUUGGAGCGUUUUUCGGAGCCGCCGUGAUGGGAAUUCUCAAUUUCUCACUGAUUCCCGGCAAUGACGUCACAAAUUGCAUACAGGGCACCGAAAAACAGGGCACUUUUCUCGGCACUUUUAGUAAGUAAUUCGGCAUGUCGAUAUUGUGUACGCCCAAAAAAUGCGGUUUUCAGAACUAACGUGUUCGGCGUUGAUUUCCACAAAAAUGCUCCAACUUUUUCCGCUCUUCUCGGUGCUCGGAGUCAGCUCCUCGUUCUGGCUAUCGAUUUUUCCGACCGCUCUGAAUUUCACGAUUCACAAUUCGAAGAUGAUCUAUUUGCCGGCGAUUUACAGCCUUGGCAUCGGGAUUGGCGAAGUGUUUAGUGCGUUUUUGAAAGUGUACACAAAGUCUGACGUCCUCAAACACUAUUUUUGUUUGCAGUGGCCAUAAUCAUCACUCAAUUGACUCGCCGAGUCAAGGAUUUCAGUCUACAACCGACUAUGACCAUCGGCACCAUUUUCACAAUUCUCAGUUUUUUGUUAGUACACCUGUCGACGCCUCAAGAGUCGCCAAUGCGACCGACUCUCGAAGAACCCAUUCUCUUUUAUCAUUCGUACGUUUUUGUGUGGAAAAUUGUGAUCUUCGCGCCGAAAUUACCCAUUCACAACACAUUUUGCAGGUACCCGUUCAUCUUCUUCCUCGGUUUGCUCAUCGGAAUCGGUGAUUGCUGCCUGAACAGUAGUCGUUCGGUGAUUUGUGCGUUGGCGAUGCCAGACCGACGAGCUCAGGCGUUUUCCAUUUCGAAACUCUAUCAGGUACGGGUAAAAACAAGCGAAGCGUAAUGCUGCAAUAUUUUCAGGCCCUCGGCUCGUGCAUUCUCUUCUUUUUGAGCCCCAUAAUCCCACUGUACGUGUACACAAUCGGAAUAUCCAUUCACUGUUUCAUCGCCUGCGUCUUCUACUUUUCCGUCGCCAAACGAACGCAGAGAAUGGAGAGGAAACUGACGAACGCGACGAGAUUGGCACACGAGAUUGAGCAGAAAUAA